AUGGAGCUGGAGAAACUCGAGAUGUAUUCGGUGCAGGGGGGCCAAUUCGAGAAUCUUCUGAAGCACCUCAUAGCUCUUGAGGACGACUUAUCCGAAGAACCCGCCGGGAGCAGCUCCAGCGCCAAUGACAUUCAACGAAUGAGAAAUGAUCUCGAGGAGAUCAAUAUCGGAGAUGUCCUCAACUGCAAUCAGGCCUCUGUCACCAGGAUCUUUUCCGUCCUUGGUGUCUAUCGUUUACUCGAUGUUCAAGCCGUUGUCAAUGGAGUCAAGCGAAUACUGAGAGGUGUUCUGCCCUGUGUGACGCUGCAAGAAGGAAGCGGCCUUGGGCAGAUUUGGAACAAGAUGAGCGACUGGACGGAGGUCCUCUCUCAGGCGCAAACCACCAUCAACAAGUACGCCAAACUCGACGGAAGGCUAACGUCCAAUGAAACAGACCUCCAUCGUCGACACCUCGAUGUUUUGUAUCGAGUUGGGUGUACUUGUGCUGCGGAAAAAUUACUCCUCAUGAUACAGCUCGCUGGAUCUUACUCCAUAAUAAGUGAUCCAGUUGAAAAACUAGUGAUGAAGCCAGGCCUCCUUUUCAACGUCGAAAUGAAGAUAUGGCGCUUCCUGUUCGCUGUGCUCCGUGGCCAGGUUCCUCUAGUAGAGGGUCUCAUCACGUUGUUCAAGGACUUGCCGUGGUCCCUGAUGAAGAGGGCUGAUGAAUCUGUCAAGCAUUGGUUCGAGUCAGGAGACAAAACUAAACAGAAGGAGAAGAUAACUGAGUCGCAAGAGAUGGACGAUAGUUCAUUGCAUGUCAGACACACUGAGCUUCGCGCAAAGGAAGACCAGGAAGACCUACAGCCGCCAAACAUCAAUGACAUGAGCAACAAGGCGAACCCCGGCUCAGAUAGUGAUAUGGAAGGGAGUAUCCUUGUGGUCCUCCCCCACAAGCGCAAGCGUCACGCGUUCAAUGAGAUUCCAAAUGAAGAAGACAAUGACUUCCCAACGGAACCACGAGGCGAUGAGAACGAUGAGCGAGAGGAUCCGCGUCAGCAACGGCAGGAUGAGGAAGGUGAAGAGCUAGAGUCCCUACAGCCGGAGAGCGAGGACGAGGAACCAAAGAAAAUGAAGGACAACAAGAGCGACAAGAAGAAAAAUGACAAGAAGAGGACAGUGGAGCAGGUGGAGAGCGAGGAGGAGCAACUGGAGAAGAAGAAGAUAGAAAUGAAGAAGAGCGACAAGAAGAAGGAAAAGAAUAAAAUUAAAAGCAAUGAAUUCAUCGACGACAAAGACAGUAUCGACAAAUUUGACGAAGAAGCUUGCAGUGACAAGGAGGAGGACCUUAUGCUCAGCUAUUGGAGAAGUAUGAAUGCUCGCCACUUCCGCUUGCUCUUCCAACACCUAACAUCGACAUGUCCUCGCUGGUGCCACCCAUACGCAGACUUCAUCUUGAUUUACAGCCUCAUGUAUGAUGUUUCUCUCAGAUACUUUCCUCCAAUUUAUGGAGGUUACACACUGCGUUAG